GUCAACACAAUUCUGGAAUUUCAGACAGGAGGAAGCACAUUACGGGACACAGAGUAUAACUCGGAGACAGAGGGAGUGUCAGCGGGGUGAAACCUGGCGUGCUUCACGUCAAGAACUCAACUGAUUCUUCUGUCUACAUAAUUAAAUUCAGAGCAACUAAAAUCAGCCGUGUUGCCCAGUUGGAGGCAUGCAGCCAUUCAGUUUGGUCGGUGCUCUUUUCCUCCUGCUUCAUGUCUUAUCUGAUAGUGCAGAUGCUCAUCGGCAUUACCGACAAGUUCUCUCUGGAAACCAACCGGGGGUUUGUCGCUACGGAAGCAGACUUGAGUGUUGCUAUGGCUGGAAGAAGACCACCAAAGGACAAUGUGAAGCUCAGUGUGAGCACAGCUGCAGGUACGGAGAGUGUGUCGGCCCCAACAAAUGCAAAUGUUUCCCGGGAUUCAGUGGAAAAACAUGCAGUCAAGAUUUGAAUGAGUGUGGCCUGAAGCCUCGUCCCUGUGAACAUCGCUGCAUGAACACAUAUGGCAGUUACAAGUGCUAUUGCCUCAACGGGUACACCUUAAUGUCUGAUGGAUCUUGUACCAACUCCAGGACUUGCUCCCUGGCUCACUGCCAGUACGGCUGUGAGGAAGUAGAAGGGGAGAUCCACUGUCUCUGCCCAUCUGCAGGUCUUCAACUGGGGCAAGAUGGUAGAACUUGUGUCGAUAUUGAUGAAUGUGUAACUGGAAAGAACCUCUGCCCAUUCAACAGAAAAUGUGUCAACACCUUCGGCAGCUACUACUGCAAGUGCCAGGAUGGCUACGAUCUCAAGUAUGUUGAAGGCAAAUACGACUGCGUAGAUCUUGAUGAGUGUACAUCCGGCACUCAUAAGUGCAGCCACCAUGCAACCUGUCUGAAUACUCAAGGAUCCUACAAGUGCAGGUGCAAGUCUGGCUUCAGAGGAAAUGGUUUUGAAUGCUCUGUCAAACCAUUUUAUCAGAGCUCAUCGGCUGGAGACAAGGGCAGUGCAGAUGAUUUCCUCAAUGCCAUCCCAGACUUCCAAGCGAGGCCUGGGUUUCUUGGAGGUACGCUUGACAAUGAGCACAUCAAAAAUAUUAUCCCAGAACCAGAGGUGACGCCACCACCUAAGCUCCGCCAGCAGCCUUUUGACUACGAUGAGGAGGUGUACGUUGGCAUCCCGGCUGAGGACAGACAGGAGGAGGAAAUUCCUGAGGAUGAGGAGGAAGAAGAGGAAAACAACCAGGUUAAUCCAAGAGGAGAUAUUUUCACAUCAGAUGACUUUGAGUCCAUACUUGGUCCAGCCACAGAAGUGAAAGAAAUCCAAAUAACACCAAGUCAGGAAGAUUUUAUCAUGGAUUGCAAUUUUGAUCAGGGAGCAUGUGAGUGGCUGCAAGACAGAAGUGACGACUUGGACUGGACGGCAGCCGACCACCAGAAUGGGGAGCAGUACUACAUGGCCGUGAGCGGGCUCAUAGGCAAGCGGGCUGACGUGGCAAAGUUGAAGCUGCUUCUCAGCCAUCGGACCAAACACGGCGCCUUCUGUCUCAGUUUCGACUACCGUGUGGUGGGCCGUAACGUGGGGACACUCAAGGUUCUUUUGGAUAACACCGCUUACCCGUUAUGGGAGCAGAGCUGGAGUGCAGGUCAGGGCUGGCAGACAGAGCUUCUCACUUUAACCUGGCGGGAAGAAGUACCACAGUCUAUUAUCUUUGAAGUGGAGCGUGGGAGUGGCGUCGGAGGGGAGAUCGGACUGGACAAUGUCGUGUUGACCUCAGGGCCAUGUCAAGAGGAGGCGGAGCCAAUCUUUUAAGAACCACUCAUCAGCAACUUGAAAAGCCUCUCUGCGUAACACAUGUCAAAUAUUCCCCCUUUAACACGCAAUAUAGUUUAUUCCUUUGGAUGUUCACAUAAUUAUCUCUGCCAUGCAAGGAGAUCAUGUUUUCCCCGGUGUUUGCCUGUUUGUUUGAUUAUGAGCAGGAUAACUCAAAAAGUAAUGAAUGGAUUUCAGUGAAAUUUGGUGAGCUGAUGGAUAAAAUCAUGAAAAAAUUGGGAUUUUAUUUUGAAUUUGAUCCAGAAUAUAUUUUGGAUCAAGGAUCCAGAAUAGCUUUUAAGCAAUAUGUGGCCUUGCCGGAGGUAUGCACUCUCUUCUAGUUCUAUUUUAGUAUAGUCAUAAGUUAUCCUCGGAUCAUAUAAUCACUAAAGAUAUGACAUCUCAAAGGAAAAUUAUGGUUGGUGCAUACAUCAACAUGUUGCUGCUACACCCACUUUCACUCUUAAUUUUUUUAGUGUGGCAUCUGUGACAAGAAAACUCAGACCUCAGGUAACGAAGACGUGCCAACCUUUGUCUGUUAACUGUGUUUAAAGAAACAGUUGCUGUGUUUGUGUGAGAUUGUGAAUUUACUGAAGUAACUGGCAGUUCUCUAUGACUUGCAAUGUGAAGUCUCAGGAGAACCAUAUCUGAAAUUUAAUCUUUGAUUAAGAUGUUUUUGAAGGCUGAUUAGUUUAAAUCAUCAUAAGUGCAUAACUGCUGUAAAUUAAGCGUUCAUGUUAUUGCAUUAAAAUGUUGUUUUUGGUA